UCUUGCUUCACUCUAGAAGGCAACGGGUGACAGAUCUCUGUGGCUAGAUAUCAGCCAGCAAGCAACACAAAAAUGGCGUUCACAUUCGCGGCCUUUUGUUACAUGCUUGCGUUAUUGCUUACGGCCGCUCUCAUUUUCUUCGCUAUUUGGCAUAUCAUUGCAUUUGAUGAACUGAAGACUGAUUACAAGAAUCCGAUAGACCAAUGUAACACAUUAAAUCCGCUGGUACUCCCGGAGUAUCUCAUCCAUGUGUUCUUCUGCGUGAUGUUCCUGUGUGCUGCAGAGUGGCUCACCCUCGGCCUCAACAUGCCGCUGCUGGCCUACCACGUCUGGAGGUAUACGAGCAGGCCGGUGAUGAGUGGUCCAGGCCUCUAUGAUCCAACUACGAUCAUGAACGCUGACGUCUUGGCCUACUGUCAAAAGGAGGGCUGGUGCAAACUGGCCUUCUACCUCCUCUCCUUCUUCUACUAUCUCUACGGGAUGAUCUAUGUGUUGGUGAGCUCUUAGAGGGGAAAGAUCUGCAUGUCGGAGAUAAAACUGGUUUUAGUGGCCGCAGGAGAAGUGGGAUCUGCUGCGAAGACCGACCAUUCAAGAUGGCUGCCGUUUAAGAGGCUGGAUUGACUCUCAACACCAAUGCAGUGUGCCAUUACUAUACAAAAACAUUUCUCCCUUUUUUUCCCCCCCUUAAAUGAAUAUUGUCGGUUUCAGUCGCAGCUGUCCUCUCGUUCAGCAGUCAACACAAUGCUUUUUGAGAGGAAGAAUGACCGACCUCAGAAUCGUUCGUUUCCAUUAUUUCAUGCUUUUAACAUUUUUAUUUAAUAAUCCCUACUUUUGACUGAACAAAUGUGCAUUGUCAGUUAAUAGUAAGCAGGCUGCUCUGAAUCUAACACUUAAUUGACUAUUAGGAAAUGUGGAUUUGAAUUAGAUGCCAAGCUUUUAAAAUGUAUUUAAGGUAUGCAAUGGGGGGGGGGGUUUAUCAUAAUUACAUAGUAAAAUAGUUCUUGCCCAGACACAUUUAAAACUUGAACUCACCUAAAUGGGUAUAAAGGGUCGAGUAGUCUUCAUCAUCGGAUGGAAAACGUGUUGCAUAGACGAGGGCCAUUAGUAUGGUUGUUUUAGGUUUGCCAUGCUUUCUGGUCGUCUCAUUCUACUUUUAUAGCCCUUGUCAUACAUCCUCGCUUUAACAGGUGUUUCCCCCCCCCCCCCUCUUGUCAGUAGAUGCUGCGUGAAGCUAUAGAAAUCCCAAGAAGUGAUUUCAUGAAAAGUUCCUUAUGAGGAAUAUCUGUAACCAUUUGAACCUGUUAUGAGCUCAAAGAAAAACCAAUUCCAUAAUUUUAAUUUAGUUCCCCCCUCCCAUCUAAACAACCAACUCCAUUAUGUUCUGUUAGUCCCCCCCCCCACCUUGAAUGUUUCACUCCAAUUACAUUACAACCUGACACGGAUGUUGCUGGAGCAGUGAUGUUUUAUUUUCCUCCAAGUACUUACAGAUUGUGGGAUUACUCUAUAAAAAGAAUGUUAUCUAAGUAUUUUCUGUAUUUACCAGUUUUCCCACCCUGUAAAAUCAGAGGUUGGCAUGUGUGUUUUACAUCCAUAUUUUUUUGGGGGGGCUUUAACUUCAAUGUAUUUAUACUAGAGUAGCUCAUUUCACCUAGUGAAUGACAACUUGAAUUAUGAAUCCAAAUAAACCUACCCCUACUAUACUCUGUA